GGCCAGAUUAGGUAGUGUAGUGUAUGUAGCGUGCGGAAUACUGCAGUUGAGACUCUGAGACAACCCUCUACACUAUAUAUGAAAAUCAGAUAAGCUUAACGCGAGGCACCUUUACACUAACCCAAACAAGGUACCUUAGGUACCUAACUGCCUCAUGUCACAUCACCGUUUGACAUUUCAACCGAACUUCCCGCUCCAGCCGCCUCCUUCGAACCAAGCCCAGAGUCGCUGGGGUCGUGUGUAACCAGUAGGUACAUACAUCUACGUAAGACGCGCGAUGGAGGACUUACCCGAAGAAAUCAACCUUGUCACGCUCAACUGCUGGGGCCUCAAAUACAUCUCCAAGCUGCGCCGGGAGCGCCUGUCCGAGAUUGGCCGCCAGCUUGCCAUUGCCGACCCGAAGCCGCACAUCGUCGCCCUCCAGGAGUGCUGGACCCAGGAGGACUACAAGAGCAUCCGCCGCCAGACGCGCUUCAUCCUGCCCUAUGCCAAGUUCUACCACAGCGCCGCCCUCGGCGGCGGCCUGGCCAUCUUGUCGCGCUGGCCCAUCGAGGAGAGCACCAUGUAUAGGUACCCGCUGAACGGCCGCCCGACUGCCUUCUGGCGCGGCGACUGGUAUGUCGGGAAAGGCGUGGCCUGCGCCACAAUCCGCUACGGCCCGGCCGCGAAGCAGGUCAUCGAGGUCUUCAACACGCACACCCACGCGCCCUACGAAGGCGGCAAGCCCAACGACUCAUACCUGUGCCACCGCACCGCCCAGUCCUGGGAGAUCGCCAAGUUGCUGCGAGGAGCUGCCGAGCGCGGUCAUCUGGUCAUCGCCAUGGGCGACUUCAACAUGAUCCCCAUGUCGCUCGAACACCAACUCGUCACGGCGCUUGCUCCCGUGCGCGACACCUGGCGCGUCAUCCAUCCCGACAGCUCCGUGGGGCCGGCCGACCACCCGGCCGAGAUGGCCCGUCGCCGCCCGGUUCCGACCGCCGAGUUCAACAUACAGGAGAACGGCGCUGCCUCGGACGGACCCUACAACACGUGGCGAUGGACCAAAGCCCAACAAAAGCUCCUGGGGCCGGGGAAGCCCCCUGUGCCAAUCGCCCCUGACACUCCUGACCGUCGCGGCAAGCGGCUAGACUACAUCUUUGCCGGUUCCGGCGAUAUCCACGCCCUCGGCGGCGGCUGGGUGGUCAAGCGCGUCCGCGUCGGCAUGAUGAUGCGGCACCCCGAGUUUGGCUGCUCCCUAAGCGACCAUUUCGCCAUCGAAUCCACCCUCGCUUUCCACCCGCUCCGAGAAACACAGCCGUCACCGCCGCCGCCGCCACUUGCUGCCAAAUCGGCCUCCGACGCCACCGCCUCCAACCGCGACUCCUCCCCCACGGCAGCCACAGCCACUGUCCUCCCGUCUGACGAACCUCGCCCACCAACCCCGGCCGAGCCCAAGACCGAAUCGGCCCUCCACAACGGCGCCUAUCUGCAACUCCAGUCUCCCACCCCAAGCUCCGACCACGACCCAGACAACCCCGCCACCGGCCCAAUCCCCGCCGCCUCCCAGAUCCGCUCCUUCUUGAACCCCUCCCCGGACGCGCUCCCCCCAACCGCCUACGACGAGAUCCUCUCCCUCAUCCGCUCCUACACGGCGCGCGAGCAGGCGCAAUUGAGGUGGCGCGCCGCCCACUUCUUCCUCGCCGUGCUCGUCACCGUCGCCUGCCUGGUCGGGGUCUGGUUCAGCCCGCACAACUACGUGUCCUUCGUCCUGGUGCUGGUCAGCUCGCUGGGGCUGACGGCCGGCACGGUGGACGGGCUGUUGGCGCUGCUGUUCUUCCGGAGCGAGCUCAAGGCGCUCAAGGAGUUUGAGUGGGAGGUGAGGAACGCCAAGGGGGCCUUGGUCCGGGGCGGAGCAGCGGGUUGGGACGGGAGGGCGGUGGGUGAGGAUGGAGAGGAGGAGUGGGGGGAGGAUUGAUUGACAUUCUUUCCAUGCUGGGUAUGGGAGAAGUCACUGGGUUUUUGGCUGUCGACACACGACCGAGAAGGGUGUUGAAACGCCCUGUAUACUGGGACUUGUGAGGAAUGGAUCGAGAGGCGCUUGUGCUUCCAAGUAGCAGACUUUGGCUCAGCGAAAACUGUACAGACGACUAUUAAUUCCUCGGCCGAUGCUGACACAACUAGCCACUGGCCUGACGAUGCAUUGACGAGUCCCUAGUUUGCCGAUCGGCUCGGCGUCUUACUCUUCCUCUUGGCCAAACAACACAUAUUCCACAGUUCUUUUCCACAGUUCUCCCUUUCGUUAGC